GGCGGACCGAUCUGAGGGGCGGGGCCUAGGGACCAGCGUGUUUCGGACGUUCGCGGGGCCCGGAUGGCGGGGCAGGUGAAGGACCGCGAGGCCUUCCAGAGGCUUAGCUUUCUGUACCAGGUGAGUCCGAGUAGGGGCGCUCGGGCAGGGCGCCCGGCGCCCCCCAGUCCCCGGGCGUUGUGCGGGACGCGCCCUCCCUGGAGAGCAGGUGGAAUUCCUACCAGAAAACAAUGGAGACAAACCUGGGUGCAAGAGACCUUUUCUUGUAACCCAGGCACUCUCUUCCAUUUUCCCACGUUCACCCCAGGCUGCAAGGGACAGCGCUGGACAGUACAGACCUGCCUAACAUGCCAGCGCAGCCGACGGUUCCUCAAUGAUCCUGCACAUGUUCUCUGGGGAGAUCUGCCUGAGGCCCAGCUAGGGAGCCAAUCAGAUCCAAAACCACCGCAGCCCCUGCCAAGCACAGCCCGCCCCACCCCGCCCCACCUUACUGAGGAGAAAGUGCAGCCACAGAGCUCUCGUCACCAGUGAUGGAGUCACCGUCUUCCCGAUAAAUAAAGUUUAAUUCUGUUUCA